GCUUCGAGUUGCCUAACGAAUAGAAGCUCCCUCGUCAAACAUCACCAAAACCCGCCGAGCUUCAUUCCCACCGCAAUUCUCCUCCCAAACUUACAGAACGCAUACAUUUAGCCUGCCACUCACAUAAAUUCCAAAAUGACGUCAAUAGGAACGGGCUACGAUCUCGCCAACUCCAUCUUCUCGCCCGACGGACGUAACUUCCAGGUCGAAUAUGCGGUGAAGGCGGUAGAGAACGGCGGCACCUCCGUCGGCAUCCGAUGCAAGGACGGCGUCGUCCUGGCCGUCGAGAAGGUCGUCACAUCCAAGCUGUUGAAAUCCGGCGCAAACAAGCGAAUCGCGACCAUCGACCGGCAUCUAGGAGUUGUCUACUCCGGCAUGGUACCCGACGGCCACCACUUCGUCGACCGCGCGCGGGACGAGGCCCGGGCCUGGCGUGAAACCUUCAAGACGCCGAUCUCGACGUCCGACCUCGCUAGCCGCAUGGGCGGAUACCUGCAAGCGUACACGCUGUACCAGUCGGUGCGGCCGUUCGGCAUCACCGCCAUCGUCGGCGGCUUCGACUCGGAGCUGGAGGCGCCGGUCGACGGGCAGGUGGGGUCUGGCCCCUCGGUCGGGGCCGGCGGCAAGGUCGAGGGCAAGCGGCACGGCGGGCCCGGGCUCUACAUGAUCGAGCCGAGCGGCAUGUACUGGGGCUACUACGGGGCGGCGACGGGCAAAGGGCGGCAGGCGGCCAAGGCCGAGCUCGAGAAGCUGAACCUGUCCGAGGGCGGGCUCGACCUGAAGCAGGCGGUCAAGGAGGCCGCGCGCAUCAUCUACGUCGCGCAGCAGGACAACAAGGACAAGGAGUUCGAGCUCGAGAUGAGCUGGAUCAGCGGCGCCGACGGCCCCACAGGCGGCCGCCACCAGGACGUGCCCAAGGACCUCCUGGAAGAGGCCGAGCGCCUGGCCAAGAAGGCCAUCUCCGAGGAUGACGACGAGGACGAGGACGAGGAUGAUACUAAGAUGGAGGGAUAGGUUAAGGAAAUGAUGAACGAUGAAUGAUGGAAAUUGUCUAGGCCGAAAAAAAGAAAUUAAGAAAAAGGGCUUGUACUUUUACGACGGACGUGGCGAGGCGCUCGUGAUUGUGGGCGACGGCGACGGCGACGGUUAUAGAUUAAUUCCAUCUAAGAGCCCUGGUCCCUGAUCGAAAGUCGUGUGCUACUGGCAAUUCGUUGCAUAUCACUCUGGAGCUGUGAGUUGCUCAGUUCACGAAGUUUAGAUUAUAUACCUUCUUAAUUCUCGCUCUGAAGGCUAGCGCUCGGCAACGACAGUCUAAACGUACUUGUCCAUAUACCCCCUAAGUGACCCCCUGGAAACUUGCUAAACCAUACUCAGUUUGAAUUGAUGUAGGGAGCAUCAUAAAGCGACCUUUGCUUGGAAAGAAGUUAAAUUGCAACACGUAUUAGAGGUGUCACGAUUAGGGCCUAGCAGGUGGUGAAAAUAGCGACG